AAAACGGGAAGUUUCCGUUCAGCUUUCAUUAAACAUACAAGUGUAAGUGCCUGUGUAUCCCUUAAGUUUCACAAGUUUCAGGGCUCAGGCUAAGGUCUGAAACUACUUUGUGCCUCGGCCAUUAUGAUGCGUUACUGGGGUGAGAUCCCCGGGCCUGCGGGGGCUCCCCCCAGUCGCAGCUCUUUCGACUUGCUCCAGCGAGAGUUUCGCUCCGUGGAGAUGCAGGACCCUCCGCUGCACCAGCCCUCGGCCCAGCGUCCGCGGCCCACCACGAUGCUGGACAUCCCCUCCGAGCCGUGCAGCCUCACCAUCCACACCGUCCAGCUCUGCCAGCACGCCCGCCGCCUCCGGGGCCUUCUGGCAUCGGCCCAGGCACAGGGCUCUGCCUCCUCUGAGGCCGGCAGCCGAAUGGAGGAGGCCGACGCCAACCUGCCCCUUCAUCCUCCUACCCCACCCGCCAUGCCGGACGAUCUCCUACCUGCGGACAGCAAAGUCCCCAUCCAGCCCUUUCAGCUGCGCCACAGCGACCCCGAAAGCGACUUCUAUAAGGGCAAAGGGGAACCGGUCACUGAACUCAGCUGGCCCUCCUGCAGGCAGCUCCUCUACCAGUCUGUCGCGACGGUGCUGGCCCACGCCGGCUUCGAGUGCGCUCAGGAGAGCGUCCUGGAGACCCUGACCGACCUGGUCCACGAGCACUACCUGCGCGUCACCCGCCUGCUGCGGGUGGCGGUGGACCGGGAGGCCCGGCUGGGGGCCAGUCCCUUCCCAGACGUGGUGGAGCAGGUGUUCCACGAGGUGGGCAUCGGCAGUGUGCUGGCUCUGCAACGCUUCUGGCAAGUCAGGAUCAAGGACUAUCAUAGCUACAUGCUGCAGGAUUUACAAAUCUCUCUCUUGCAGGUCUGUAAGGACCUAUCAGAAGAAUAUGAGCGGCUGGUGAAUCCAGAGAAGGCCCUGGAGGACUCCAAGCCCCCGCGGAUAAAGGAGGAGCCGAUGAGUGACAUCUCCUUCCCCGUUAGUGAGGAGCCAGAGGCGGAUUUGGCCUCCGGGGACCAGGCUUUGCCCAUGGGGGUCCUCGGGGCUCACGCUGAGAGGUUGACGUCAGGCCUGGAUGGCGACCAUUCUCCGCAUACUUCAGGAGGCGGGGCCAACCACUCCCCGCUCUGGCUCCCGGUCAAAAUGGAGCCCCAGGAGGGCGAGGACGGCCCCGGCGCCGGCCACCAUCACCACCACGGGGUCCUGGGCGGAGACGUGUUCGAGGAGGGGGGGCCGAUGUCCACCAUGAGCGAGUCGGCGGGGGCCAUGGCGCCCUCGCCGGGCGGGGCGGCGUCGGAGGGCAGCUACGCCUCGCACUCACCCGACUCCCUGAUGGGAACCUCCCCCGUCUUCAACCAGAGGCCCAGAAAGAGGAUGAAGAAGAUGUGAAGACCAGGGACUUUACCCCCAGAAGAACGGAGGCAAAGAAAGUCAACAUAUGUACAGUAGAGACUGAACCGCAAAGUGUGGGGGGGGGAUUUUGUAGCUUUUCCCGCUUCUUUUUUAGAAUAUACUUGCAAAUAGCUAUUUGUCCUGAAAAUAUUGAUGGAGUUUAUCAUCACAUAAAUAAACAUGUUUAAAGAGCGGAUUAUUUUCAAGCAGCGAAUGUUGUUAACUAACUACACAAGGAGUCUGCUGCUUAAUGAAGGGGACGAGCAGGAAACAAAUAAUUCAGUUAAAUAGAUAAAUAAUUCAGCAGAAUUGUUGGUUUUCCCCGAAAAAAAAAAAGGCUCCACAUGUACCAAUUACUGCAAGCUCAAUUCAUUACCAUUUAAAGACGCAUCCUCCCCAGUGAAACGUGUUGCUCUCACGUGCCGCUGCAUCUUAUGAGGCGUUCCCACCUCGACCGGCUCCGGGUGCGGCUCACCACUCCGGAACCAUCCACACACACCUGUCAAACCUGAAGCCGCUCCUCCGAAUUAGCAUCUGUUUCAGUAAUGAGGAAAAGCUGCGAACGCAACACCAGAGGCAAUUAUGGGUUUGCUGUUUGCAUCAGGAAGGCAUCAUCUAUCCAACCUUAAUGGCAAAUUAAUUAUGCCAUGCAUAACUUUGUGCCCUGAAUGCGCGCCUCUUUGAAUGAAGUGAUUUUCUCGGGGUGGGGGUUUUUUUUUUUUUUUCCCACCGUCGCAGCGGCUUUCGUCCAUGUUUGUGGAAAGUGAUGUUUCGGAGUGACGUGAUCCAGGCUAGGAGCCACCGGAAAACUGCAUUAUCUUUCCGGUUGUAAGAAAUUUAUGAGAAUCUGUGGUCGCACUUUGUGCCUAAAGGUGAAGUGAAUCCAGUUUGUGAGUGCCACAGACCAAAAGCAGGUUAAAGCUGUAUUUUGUAUAAAGUGGAUGUGGGCAUACUGAGAAUAAAAGGUAAGA